ACCUUUCAGUCACUACUCUGCAGACUCGAGUUUCGUCGCGCUGGUGCGGCUACAGAGCGGAUGUGGUCCGAGCGUGCAGCGAACGGAGCAAGUUGACGUUAGCAAGUUGUUGGCCGGGGCCGGCAUUUAUUUGUAGGUCCGAUCUGUCGGCCAAAGCAGAGAUGAGCUGCCCAGUGAACCUCCAGGCUAUGCCGUGUGGUGUCAUCGAAAAGGUUUUAACGCCAGAGAAUGUGAGAGGAAGAGCCUCAGUGAAUUCUGUCACUCAGUUGAGUUUCCCCAAAUCCAGAUCAGCUCUGUGGGACAGCAGUCCUACAGGAGAGAAGCUCCGCCUCCAGCUCUGCUCACACAGGAAGCCUCGGUUAGUGCUAUUGGAGAAAGCACUUCGCCUGGCACAGCGUCACGCCAGUCACAGCAACAAGCCCUGCCUCCACUGUUUCUUCCUGGGAUCAGUGUCUGUCGACUCGGAUGAGGAGGGGGUCACGGUGACUCUGAACCGGUUUGAUCCAGGUCGGGACCAGGCUGGUGCCUCAGGCCGGGUUCCCUCCGCUCAGCUGCCUGGAGACGUCCUUGUUCCCUGUUUGUUCUCAACUCAGACUGAGGAGACGUCCGACCCUAUCGUCCAAUCGGAGACUGAGCUCCAUCACUGCUUCAAGGUGUUGCAGCAUUUUGUGAGCAGCAGACAGACUCUGGAUCUGUCUCAAAUGUUGAAAGUCCAAGGCUGUGUGUUCUGCUCUCAGCAGUCCGAUGCUGCAACAUUCAGCAUCAGCUGGUCAGCUGUCUGUCCGUCCGUCAAUGUGGACAUUGAGCCGGUCAGAGCGAUUCCCAUCAUCCCCACCGCCCUGCUGAGGGGUCUGACCAGCAUCAACCAACCACUUGCUGCGAGCCGUCAGAGAGGGUUUGUGACCAUGGAUCAAACCAGGAAACUCCUCCUGCUGCUGGAGUCUGAUCCUAAAGCCUCCAGCCUGCCUCUGGUGGGAAUCUGGCUGAGUGAAGUCGCACACGCCUACAACCCUCAGGUGUGGGCCUGGUGUCUGAGGUUCAUGUUCAGCCUCACCCUCCAGGACAGAGUUCUCACAGAAAACAGCUCUUUCCUGCUGGUUCUGUUCGGUUCGACUCACAAAGCUCCUCAGUUCUUCCAGUGUCGAGCUCCCAGACCAGGACCACAGCUGGACUGCCAGCUGCUGACUGCCGCCCACUCUUUUACGCUCUACCAGGUGGCACCGGUGGACGGUCAGAGUCUGCAGUGUGAACUCGGUUCAGAGGUCCGCAGCAGACAGAUGGAGGUCUUCAGAGAGGCUCAGAGCACCUUCAGCAGCGCCUCCACUCCCAUCGCCGGUCUGUCCAUUAGUGACCAGGACUCUGGAGUCGAGGAUGAAGACCUUUCUCCACGACCGUCUCCAAGUCCUCACCCUCCGGCUCAGCAGACUCGUAGAGUUCAGCCGUGUGUUCCUGAACUCUCCCUGCUGAUUGAUGGCAGCUUCACCUCUAGUCACAACGGUGGGCAGGACCGUGGCUAUGCCCUCAGGCCUUCUGCCAGGAAGCCUGAUCCUCCAGCUGGACCCACGGCAGCCUCAUCUUCAGCCCCCAGACCCCCUCCUCCUCACUUCCAUAGCACUCCCAACUCCAACCUACAGCAGCCCUGCACCUGCUGCUCCACUCACACCUAUGACUGCACCCCCAUGUUGUCCUCCCCAGGCCUCCUCCCUGCUGCUGCUCCACCUACCUCACAUCCCGACACUCCUCCUUCAGCCAGCAGCUGUCCAGCUGUGCCUUCUGUUCCUCCUGACUCUGCCCACAAACUCAGUCCUCCAUGGGUUAGUCACCAUGCUCCAGCCCAUCACCAUACUUCACCUGGGCCACCCUCCACCGUCCACUACACUCCUCCUUCCUCCAAACCCUCCCCCAACUGUCCCUGCAGCCACCCUCCUCCUCCACCUCCUCCGUGGUGUGCUGCCUCCAACUCUCCUCACCCCUCAUGUCCAAGAGGAGCCAGCCCUGUCGCUUCCCCCUGGCUCCCCUGUCCCUCCUGUGUGACUCAGUGCCAUGAUCCAGCGGGAGGAAUGGUUCUGUCGGACACCUACCAGCUGGUCCUCCAUCAGGACCACCAGCUGCGCCUCCUGCAGGCUCAGGUCCAGGUGCUGCUCGAGGCUCAGGGGAAGCUUCAGUCAUCCAGACAGCAGGUAGACACUCAGACAUGCAGGAGCACAGCGAGCAUCGCCGUGGGGACAGGGGCCAGUUUGUUUUGGGGGGAUCCGGGGCAGCCUUUCUCUCAUCAGGAGGUACACGCUUUUCCUCCCUCCUCCCCCAGCCCACCCUCCUCACCCAAUCCUCCCUCUUCGACCACCUCCAGCUCCUCAACCUUUUCGCGUGGCACGUCUGUCAACAGAUCUGUGGGUGGAGGCAAGGACGGUGACCUCCAAGGUCAGAAGACUCUCUGCCCCCCAUUUGGUCAACACAGCAUCAGUGCUCUGCAGAGUCCAGUUCUGGGAGAAAGUGCCAGCAUGUACAGACCUGCAGACGAGCAGCAGAGUUUCUACCACAACCUCAUGUCACAGCUGACCAGUCGCCUACAGAAGUCAGACAGUAAAGAGGAAUUGGAGUCGAGGAGGAAGAGUGUCUCCGUGGUUUCCGACCACUCCCACUGCUUUCAGCCCUCUGAGUCGUCCUCUUUGCCCACCAGGAAGCAGCAGCAGCAGCAGCGGCGGACUCCAGCAGGAGACCCAGUAGUCAGUGCCACUUUGCGACAGUUGCAGCAGCUCGGAGUCGACGUGGACAAAGAAACUCUGACAGAGUUUGAUAAAAACCGACUCAAAGCUGUAGAGAGUGCCAGCACUCUGGCGAGCAUCAACCCAGCAGCGGUCGUCUCCAGACUGAGCUUGUCUGAGCCGUCGGCCCUGUUCCCUGGAGGCAGCGUGGAUCUGAGUCUGGAAGCCAACACCAUCGCCCUGCGUUACCUGAGCGACUCUCAGCUCAGCCGGCUGUCACUGGGAGGACACCUGCCUCAGUGUGGCCCCUCCUCCAACGAUUCCCUGCUGUCACCCAGCAACAUGUCGCUGGCCACCAGGAAGUACAUGAGGAAAUACGGCUUGAUUGAGGAGGAGGCGGAGGAGAAGGAUGAUGAAGAUGAAGAUGAGGAGGAGGAGGAGCAGCAGCAGCACAAGGAGGUCAGAAUUCAGGAGGCAUCAGAGCGCCAGCUGCUGACAGAAACUCAGAAUGUGAAGCUCCUCCCGCAGAGUCACCUGAUCAAGGACCUGCAGCCAAAAAUGCAGCUUUUAGCAGGCAGCGCCAAAGCAGAGAACAGGCCUCCAUCGUCAGUCAGGGCAAGCAGCCGUCAGACAGAGGGAUCGGUGGGAAACAUCCUGGACCUGAGCCGCUUGAGGCAGCUUUCAAAGCUCUUCUGAUGCCCAAAACGCCAGACAACCAACCCAUUCGCUGAUAGAAAUCUGCAGGGAGCUUUUAAAAACUGUUCAAUUUUAAAGUUUUGUGAGGUCCCGGUUUUACUGCAAAUCUGCGCCCUCUGUUGAGAAGGAGCAACCAUCAGCCAGCCUGUUAACUCCUACAUGUAGACUGGUGUGUCUCAGAGGUGUAGUGUGAAAGCUGCUCAUACAGGUAGCACUGGUUUUUACAGGAAAUCUGCCAUCUUUGUCAAAAGGAUCAUCUGUCACACGGAGGUUGGAAUGGGAAACAUCCGGAUCUAGAAACUGCUGCCCAAACCAGCUGAAUGAUUUUAUACAUUUUCAUGUCCAAAAUGCUCAGUGUGUUAGUGACUCACUCUGGUUUCACCAGUUGACCUGCCGUGUCCAGCUUCUUGGAGAUUUGUGUGUGUUAAUGAAAUAUCUUGUUUUUCAUUUUAUUUGCCACUUCCUGUUUUUAUGUGAAAUG